AUGGAAAUCCCACAACCCCUCCAAGCACCAGGUCCCAUCAAACCGAUAACCUGCGUCGAAAUGCACACAGCAGGAGAGCCAACACGAAUUGUAUGGGACGGUAUUCCACCUCUAGCAGGUAGACUCCUUGAACAACGAGCGCAAGCAAAAUCGAAAUUUGACGAAUUCCGCCGUGUACUCAUGCUCGAACCACGCGGCCACUACGACAUGUACGGUGCGAUUUUACGACCUGAAACUGAGCUUGUCACAUCUGGAGAAGCCCAUAUAGGUGUUCUGUUCAUGCACAAUGAGGGAUUCUCGACCAUGUGCGGACAUGCGACGAUCGCGCUGGGUCGGUUCCUUGUCGACGUUGACGAGAAGGUAUUUCCUCGUCGGAAGGAAUUGAAACAUGAUCCCAUAUCCCAGACAACGACUCUUAAUCUGCAUGUGCCAUGUGGGGUGGUGGAGGUGACUGUCCCCACCUUGGCGUGUGGGAAGUCAGAUGCGUCGCGGCCUGUUUCUUUCGUGUCUGUGCCGUCGUUUGCUACGGCUAUCUCCUUGCAGGUCCCUGUACCCGAGAAAUACCGUUGGGCUGAGCUUCAUGACAAGACUACUGUCACAGUUGAUUUUGCUUAUGGUGGUGCGUACUAUUGUAUGAUUAGUGCCGAGGAAUUGGGAUUCCCUAGUGGUCUUGGUGCGGUUAAGUUACAGGAGAUGGACCAUGCGACGAAGUUGCUCAAGGAGGCGGUGGUCACAAAUCCAGACUUGAAAUAUCUCACUCAAGAUAUUCGAACUGCUGAAGAAGGGUUCUUGUACGGUAUCAUGAUCACAGAUACCCGACUGGGACAUGUUAGUGCCUCGGAGGGGACGGCGGCCGCUCGUGCGCAGCUGAAUGUGAGUAGCGAGGAGACGGGGCUCUGUUUCUUUGCGAAUCAGCAGAUUGACCGGUCCCCCACUGGAAGCUGUGUCGCUGCGAGAGUGGCUCUCGCACAUGCCAAAGGGUCUUUGCUUAAGGGCGAGAAGAGGAUCUAUAAUUCAUUGGUGACCCGUGCUUAUAGAGGUCUUUCUGGGUUCGUUGGCUCCGUUUUUGAUGAUGGAGACACACGUGGAGAACAUCAACAGAGUGUUCGAGUCUCAGUCGAAGGAUAUGCAUAUUAUACCGGAUAUCAUUCCUUUGUGGUAGAGAAGGAGGAUGGCCUGGGAGUGGAUGGAUUCUCUGUGAGGGAUAUUGCUCUUUAA